AUGGCUAUUUCUAAGGUUUACGCUAGAUCCGUCUACGACUCUCGUGGUAACCCAACCGUCGAAGUCGAAGUCACCACUGAAAAGGGUGUUUUCAGAGCUAUUGUCCCAUCUGGUGCUUCCACUGGUGUCCACGAAGCUUUAGAAAUGAGAGAUGGUGACAAAUCCAAGUGGUUAGGUAAGGGUGUUUUACACGCUGUUGCUAACGUCAACAACGUCAUUGCCCCAGCUUUAGUCAAGGCUAACAUUGACGUCAAAGACCAACAAGCUCUUGAUGACUUCUUAAAGAACUUAGACGGUACUCCAAACAAGUCUAAGUUAGGUGCUAACGCUAUUUUAGGUGUCUCUUUAGCUGUUGCCAGAGCUGCUGCUGCUGAAAAGAACGUUCCAUUAUACCAACACUUAGCUGAAAUCUCUGGUGCUAAGACCUCUCCAUACGUCUUACCAGUUCCAUUCUUAAACGUCUUGAACGGUGGUUCUCACGCUGGUGGUGCUUUAGCUUUACAAGAAUUCAUGAUUGCUCCAACUGGUGCUAAGACCUUCUCUGAAGCUUUAAGAAUGGGUUCUGAAGUUUACCACAACUUAAAGUCCUUAACCAAGAAGAGAUACGGUGCUUCUGCUGGUAACGUCGGUGACGAAGGUGGUGUUGCUCCAAACAUUCAAACUGCUGAAGAAGCUUUAGACUUAAUUGUCGACGCUAUCAAGGCUGCUGGUCACGAAGGUAAGGUUCAAAUCGGUUUGGACUGUGCUUCCUCUGAAUUCUUCAAGGACGGUAAGUACGACUUAGACUUCAAGAACCCAGAAUCUGACCCAUCUAAGUGGUUAUCUGGUCCAGAAUUAGCUGACUUAUACCACAACUUAAUGAAGAAAUACCCAAUUGUCUCCAUUGAAGACCCAUUCGCUGAAGAUGACUGGGAAGCUUGGUCUCACUUCUUCAAGACUGCUGGUAUCCAAAUCGUUGCUGAUGACUUAACUGUCACCAACCCAGCUAGAAUUGCUACUGCUAUCGAAAAGAAGGCUGCUAACGCUUUAUUAUUAAAGGUCAACCAAAUCGGUACCUUAUCCGAAUCCAUCAAGGCUGCUAACGACUCCUUCGCUGCCGGCUGGGGUGUUAUGGUCUCUCACAGAUCUGGUGAAACUGAAGAUGUCUUCAUUGCUGACUUAGUCGUCGGUUUAAGAACUGGUCAAAUCAAGACUGGUGCUCCAGCUAGAUCUGAAAGAUUAGCCAAAUUGAACCAAAUCUUAAGAAUCGAAGAAGAAUUAGGUGACAAGGCUGUUUACGCUGGUGCUAACUUCCACCACGGUAACAAGUUAUAA